AUGUUACCGGGAAGAAAAAAAACGGUGAAAGUAGGGUUCGCUUUUCACGCCGAUUUUUCACUCAAGGUGCAAGGAGUUGAUUUAAAAAACAUGGGGCUUAAGGAUUUCAUCUUACAGCCUCGAAAAUUAACCAAGGAAAGGUGCACUGAUGUAUAUUAUUGUCUUCAAAUUCGAUCUGUGAUAGAUGGAUUGAAAGAACUAAGAGAUGAUAAUGACUAUGUAAGGUUUCUUGAUGCUAGGUAUGUCAAUGAUUGUAAAAUCAAUGUGUACAUUGAUGAAUAUCAAGAGCCAGUCAUGGAGUGGAUUGACGAAGAAAAAGUUGAAGAAGGGGACACAGAAAGUGAUGAAUAUGAGGAUGAUGUAGACUCAGUCAUGUCAGAUUAUAUAUCAGUGGACCCGUUAUGA